AUGGACGACUUAAUGCCAAUCAAAAAAUUAUCGGUCACUCAGCAACUGUUACGGGAAGCGCGACAAAAAGCGCCGCCACUUAAUGUACCGAAACCGCUGUCAGUGGACAAAGAGUUUGUUGUAAUCAAUGACAAAACGGACGCUAAAAAUAAACCGAAGUCACUGUUUGACCGAUUUUUAAUUCAUCGCAACGGAGACACUAGUAGUCUGAAUGGCUAUAGUCCGCCAAAACCGAAGACAAUUUCGGGACCCAAAUGGUUGCAAUUGAAGAAUACAAUGACUCAAGAAAUGGAAAGCAAGAGAUUAGAGUCAGAAAAAGAAAGACAAUUAAAUGAAAAGAUAGAAAAUGAAGAAAUCGAUGAAGAAGUUGUCAAUGAGUUGGAUAAAGUGUUGGACGACGACAAAGAAGUGGAUGAAAAUGAGUCAGAUAUUGAAGUGAAUGAAGAAGAGGAAGAGGAAGAUGUCGACAAUGAAAGUAACGAUGAAAAAGAUGACGAAGUAGAAGAUGAAAGUGAAGCCGAAGUGAAUCCAUUUGUUGACAAUGAAGCAAAAGAAGAUGACGAAGAAGUUUUUGAAAGUGAAGAUGAAGUGGAAAAUGGUAAUCAAAAAGGUUUUAACGAAGAGAAUGAAAAGAAUUUUGAUAAAAGUGAAGACUUGAACGAAAAACUAUCAGUUAGUGAUAUACAGAACAGCCAAUUGCUAGCGAGUGAAGAAUGUGAAGACAGCGACAGUAUUUUUAACACAUCUAUUACUUCAUUAAAUGAGUCGUUUGAACGCCGGUGCGCGACACAGAAGAUUGCUUUGUCUCCUUUUAUUUCACAGAAACCCAAACAAAAAAAUGGUUUAAGUGAUGAAGUUCUUAAACUGAUCCCAAAGUUUGAUUCAAAUACUGAUGAAUUUAAUUCUCAAACACUAUUAGAUCUGUGUUCCGGAACAUUCUCUUCACAGAAUGAACCACAAGUGAGUGAUGUAAAUGAAAAUGUUAUUAAUGAAAGUGAAGACGAAGAGGACGAAGAAAUAUUUUGUUCAAACAAAAGAGUUAAUAAAAGAGUUAAUAUUGAAAGUGAAGAUGAAUUAGAUUCUAGUGAUAAUGUAUAUAAUAAUGAUAAUUGUGUUUCACAAAAGUUGAAUUUAAAGAGAUUUAACGAAUCUGAUGGAGAAGAACUUAUAAUUACCGACAAUGAAGAAGAUGGAAAUAAUGCGGACAAUGAAUUGAAUGAUGAAGAACAAGAGGAGGAGGAAGAAGAAGAAGAAGUAGAGGAAGAGACACAAAGUAUUGAAAAACUUGGCAGAGGUUUCUUUGAAGAUGAGGCCCAAUUGUCUGGAAGUGAUGCAUCCAGUGAUGAGGAAGAGGGUGAAGAUGAGGAUGAUUAUGAUAAUGAAGACGAAGACCAAGAAGAGUUACCAACUGAUUAUGAGCUAAAAAAUCAAAUCGAAAGGAUUCAUAAUAAAAAGAUGUUGGAUGAAGACAAACGACAACUUUUGCUUUUACAAGACAUGAUGUUUGAAGACGGAGACCUUCACGACAAUACUGGAACUCGAGAGAGAAAAUUUCGAUGGAAUGACAAUGAAGAAGACGACGACUUAUUUAAAAACGAUUACAUUAAUGAGGAUUCAGAAGGAGAUUAUGUCGACUCUGGAGACGAAUCAAACAUUAAGUGUCCGACACUUAAAAUGAAUUUAAUUGAGAAACAAGAGUCCGAUACCAACAAAAAAAAAAUCGUUUAA